UGCUCGUGCAGGUGCGUAAAAGGAGCAUUACGCACCGGAUCUGUUGGCAACAUGAAGCUGGAGGUUCUGUGCGGAGGACACUGUAGCGUCAAACCAGAGGAGGAGCUGGGGUCAGAUGGAGACAGGGCAGCACCGGUCACUCCAGACUCCAAGAGCGCGUCCAAACCCUACGCGCGCAGAGGCAAACCGCCCUUCUCCUACAUCGCGCUCAUCGCCAUGGCCAUACGCGACUCCCCCAGCGGCCGCCUCACUCUAGCGGAGAUUAAUGAUUAUCUGAUGGACAAGUUCCCGUUCUUCAGAGGCAGCUACACGGGCUGGAGGAACUCUGUGCGCCACAAUCUGUCCCUGAACGACUGUUUCCUCAAAGUCCUGCGUGACCCGAGCCGGCCCUGGGGGAAGGACAAUUUCUGGAUGUUAAACCCUCAGAGCGAGUACACGUUCGCAGACGGAGUGUUCAGGCGCAGGAGGAAGCGUCUGGGGAGAAGGACACUUCUGGAUGAAGACUUUUCUGGACACGUGAUGAAGUGUGAGCCUCGGGUCAAGUUCUCCAGCUCUUUCUCCAUAGAGAGCAUCCUCAGCACCCCCUUCAGAGCCGCGCGCGCGGGGGACAGCCUGGUCCAUCCUUCGUCCCUCUGGCGUCACACUGGACACAUGACGCACUGGGACUCACCUGCUGCGUCACCUUACGUCACAGACGUGGGUCAUGUGACACAUUAUUCAAAAACAGAGAAGAAGGGACAUUUUUGAACUGAACAAACUCCUGAAGCUGUUUGGACUUAACCCCGCGCGCGCAUGUUACACGUGCUGUUUUUUAAAUGUUUUAUAACAAACUGUUUUGAAAAUGUUCUUUAUUUAAUACAUUAUAUUUUGUGUUUUUGGACUGUUAAAUAAAGUAUCAUUUAAGUCUUAAGCUGCAUCAAUGAGUUUGAAUUGGUAAAGUCACGUGACUUUUUAAAACGGUCUGAUGAGAUUUUUCUGCACAAAAAGAAGAAAGAAAUGCUGUUUACAGUUAUUACUGCUGUUUGUUUGUUUGUUUAUUUGUUUGUUUGUUUGUUUGUUUGUUUGUGGACAGCGUUAAGAAUCAUCACUAAACCCCAAGAGACAAACCUGUACAGUUUAUAUUUAUUAAGAACAAAUAAAAUGUGUUUCAUUGUUUCUUUAAAAACAAAAACACUUGGCCUCGUUGGGCAAAUGGAAAUGUUUAUUUGUUUAUCUGUUUAUUUGUUUUUCCAUUUUUCCUUAAAUUGAAAAUAAAAGACGCACAUCACAA